ACGCGAUUCACCACCUGCAAGCUCCUUUGGCGCUCCCUUAUUAUGUUGCACAGAACCUGAGCUAAACAUCCCCUCUUUCUUCUCGCCCUUCUUCUAUCCCCGCCGUUUCUCACGUUGAACAUUGAGAGAUGCGCGGACUCUUUACUAUUCUUGCCAGCGCUCUGUUUAAUACUGCUGUUGGACAAUUAUCACUACCAAAUCCGCCAUUUAUACCGCCUUCUGCUUCCAAUGGGACAGUGUCUUCUUCAGGAACUCCCAACCCACAGUGGAGUACAUUGCUGGGGAAUUUGAUUUACUUUUAUGAGGCUCAGAGAAGUGGGAGAUUACCUUCGGACAAUCGUGUGGGGUGGCGAAAUAACAGCGCCUUAGAGGACGGAUCCGACGUCAACCUUGAUCUAACAGGUGGAUACUAUGACGCUGGGGACUACAUAAAGUGCACAUUCCCUCUGUCCUUUACGAUCACGUCAAUAUGUUGGGGUGCCACGGAUUUCGGAAAAGGUUAUGAUGAUUCUAAUCAAACGGCUUAUCUGGAUUCCAUGAUACGUUGGGGCUUAGAUUGGCUCAUCAAGGCCCAUCCCUCAAACGAUACAUUAUACGUGCAGGUUGCUGAUGCUAAUGUGGAUAAUAAUUACUGGGGCGGCGAUCAAGAUAUACCAACACCGCGACCUUCCUUCCAGAUCAACGAUACCUCACCUGGGACCGACGUUGCCGCCGGUGUCUCUGCAGCCUUCUCUGCAUGUUCUAAUCUUUACGCCAACCGUGGUUUUGGUGGGGUUUACCAGUCGCCAGCGUCUUUGGCAAACACUACCUACUCGGAGAUACUCCUCGGGCAUGCACAGAGUUUGUUUAAUUUUGCCGUUAGUGCAUCUGGCGGACAAGUUCUUUAUCAAAAUUCUGUUCCCUCCGCCGCAGAAAGCUACGCAUCUUCAUCGUAUGGGGAUGAAUUGACUCUGGCUGCAUUGUUCCUGGCUUGGGCAACUAAUUCGACUACUUUGUACCAACAAGCGGAGAACUAUUAUAGCUCCUUUGGGCUUUCAGGGCAGAAUGGCGUCCUCAACUGGGAUUCAAAGACCCCUGGGCUAGCUGUUUUGUUUGCUCAGAUCGCCCAGUCCAGCUCUUCCAUCGGCAGUGACGCCUCUAGGUGGCAACAGGAAGCGGAGCGAUAUUUCGAUAGGAUAGUAAAUAACGGCGGACCUGCGUUUGAAACGAAAGGUGGAUUGCUGUACUAUGACGGAGAUUCCGAUAGUGCAAGCCUCAACCCCGCCUUGAACGCGGCAAUGUUAAUGACUAGAUAUGCACCCAUGGCUACUUCAUCCGAAAAGACGACAUCAUACAUGAACUAUGCACAGAAACAACUAGAUUAUGCUCUCGGGAAGAAUCCUAUGUCGGCUCCAUACGUUGUCGGUUCAAAUCCCAACUCCCCUUCAAACCCUCAUUCGGCCAUGGCUAGCGGUGGAAGCGAUAUUAGUCAUAUUGACACCUCGCCAGAAGUGGAAGCAUAUGUAUUGUACGGUGCCGUUGUUGGAGGACCUGAUAAGAAUGACAACUUCUACAACAUGCGUAGUGACUGGGCACAAACUGAGGUUGCCCUGGAUUACAAUGCGCCUAUGCUCACAUUGGCUGCAAUGCAUGUUAUGAACGAUACGAGUGAUCCGUACUUCACAGCUCUGCAAGAAGGAGCGUAUGUUCGACCACAAGGCGGGCCGUGCGAUGCUGCAAUUAGGGACGGAUGUGGAAGCUCUAGCAGGUUGAGCAAGGGGGCAACAAUCGCAAUGGCAGUUUGCAUCUCCAUUGUUGGGCUUGUGCUUUUGUCGCUGGCGGCAUACUAUUUUUGGGUGGUUAAGAAGAGAAGAAGAUCAUGAGUGUUUGAAAGGAUUUUAAGGACAGUUAUUCAUGAACUCGUGUUUGGACUGGCAAUGACUCGCUUUGUUUUGCAUGUGUACAUAUAGUCAGCAAUGUACACUAAUUGGAAAAUUUUUACCGCUUCACUUGAGGCUGAGAGCGUCACCGGGUUUGACC